CGACGCCAUAAUUCGACAAACAACAACAACAAUAUCAGGAAAAACAACAAACACUCCCCAUUUUAACAUAUUUCUCUUUGAAUUGACACUGUCUAUUGAAAAACUCUGGUGAAUCGUAUGUACAAGCAACCGUGGAGCCAUUUCUGCAGGAAUGUGGUACAGUCCAAGAUGGAAUGGACAGGAUGAUUGCAGAUAAGGGGGAGGUGGGGAGAGUUCCAGGAUCACAGCUGCCUAUGUGGCUCAUGACCACAGUUUUCUGUCCCUGUUGAUCAAGGCUUGGGUGGAAAUGAUGAAGAACCAACCAGCCAGCUGGUCCACUGUUCACCCUAGCUGAAUUUGGUGUACGCCAACAUGUGCCAACCUGGUUGUUGAAGCCACGGAGGUAUUUUCAAGGACAAGAACAUGUGCUUGUCAUAACAUGGUCUUAUGUUGAAUUCCAUGCAGUCUCUCGACAAGGAUUUCCGAGAAACAAAUACCGCCUCCAAGGCUGAAAAAUGUAGCCAAGAUGUGCACUACCACUACUCAUGGGAUUUUGCCCAGCAAGUCCACUAUUCACAUCAUGCGCAACAAGUUGGGCCGAUAUAUUUCGCCACUCCUUGGAAGUGUCAAGUGUUUGGCAUGUGUGCCGAAGGUUCAGGGAAGCAGACAUUUUAUCUGGUGAGCGAAGCAGAAUUGCCGGGGAAAGGAAACAACAGUUUCGUGAGCAUGGCCCACCACUACUUUCAGCACCAUGGUGUCGGAGAAAAACAUGCUGAGGUUCAUUUUGAUGAUGCCGUCAGGCAAAACAAGAACCACACUGUGCUUUGGUAUGCCAUGUGGCAAGUAAUGACAGGACUGCAUGAGAGUGUAACGCUCAACACUAUGUUGGCUGGGCACACCAAAUUUGCUCCUGACUGUCACUUCGGCAUCUGGAAGGUCAAGUGGCAUUGCUGUAAUGCAGAGAAUCUUCAAGAAAUUGCCCACACUGUAUCUGCCUCUUCCAAGUCUGGCCAUAACAUCCCACAGUUGGUUAAUGACCCUCAGCAGCCAGUCACAUAUUACAAUAGGAAUUCAUUCCUAGAUACAUAUUUCAAAACUGUUAAGAAUAUUACCAAAUACCACCAUUUCUAUGUAUCAAAAUAUAAACCAGGACUUGUAGUAUGCAAAGAGUUUGUAGAUUCCUCAGAAAUUGAAGUUAAUCUUUUGAGGAUGAGCCCAGAAUUUGGUGUUUUGCCUGAACUACGGCAUGCACCGUGCCUAGAUGCUGCACGUCAAGGGUACCUUCACGAUGCUAUUCCAAGAAUAGGUGUGCUAUACCAAUGUCGGCGUCGGCAUCCGGUUACAGUUUUAGGGCAUGUUGGGAUUUUCACUUAGAAGUCAGAUACCCUACAAUCAAUUGACUUAAUACUUCACGCAAUUGUUCAGGGACUUCACAUAAUGAGGUUAGAUAGCUCCAUAUUAUUCUUUACACAGAUUAUGGCCCCUGAUUGACAAUGGAACUUAGGUUAAAGUUUUAGGGCAAGUUGGAAUAUUUAUUAAUAUCGGGGUAACUUCUGUAUCCUUUGUUCAAUUGACUUAAUACUUCACACAGUUGUUCAGGACCAUCACAAAAUGAGGUUACAUAACUCCAUAUCCUUAUUACAGGUUAUGGCCCCUGAUUGUCUUUAGGCAGGUAAAAGUUAAGGGCAAGUUGGGAUUUUAAUAAAAAAACUUCUACACCUGUCAUUAAAUGCACUUAAUAAAAUUCAAAAUUAUUUACGACCAUCUUACAACAAGAAACAUAACUCCGUUUUAAGCCUAAUUACAAAUUAUGGCCCUUGAAUUUUGCUCUUUUUUUUAUUUCCUUUGAAAGGCAUAUUUGUAUAUUCUUAACCACAUUUUCAUAAUGGGAAAUCAAGUUAUUGAAUGACUUGCGUCAUUGUUUGGGCGGGCUGGUGGGAGGGCAGUAUCAAAGUCACCUUAUGUAUCGAAUAAUUUUAGUUAGGUUUGACAUAAAGAGACCAAACUUGGUAUUAUGACAUCAUUAUUGUAUUUUCAGUCAAAGCGGCGUAGUGGAUCCCGCUGUCUUACAACGGCUCUUGUUUAGAUCUGUGUCAUCAAGAUCUGCAGUAUGCCCUAAACCAACACUGUGUACUGUCAAAGUUGAUAUUGCCAAAAAUGCCAACACCGAAAGGCUGUAAAUGCAAACAUAGCCUUCUGUGUUAAUUUAAUGUGGACUGGUUUAAUGUAGUGCUGCAUAAACCUGUUUGUCAACUUCAUGAUAACCAAUCUGGAAGUAUACUUAUGUCAUAAAUGGCAUUGCAGCAAAAAAUGAGGUCAUUAUAAGUUAGUGUAAUAAAUUUUAACAUGACAUUAUAAUAAUGAAUGGUGUUGAAAAUGUGGACACUUUCUAGUAACGUUUAAUGUGUUUACCACUGUUAAUACUCCCAUUAGUCCCGUUUAUAUUAGUUGGAAAGAAAAAACUUGUUAAAGAAACUUUGUAUUGAACAAAAAAAAAUUGUAUUGAACAACUUGUGAAAUACCCUUUACAUCUAAAGACUAACAAAAUUAAGAUCUAUGUAUCUCUGCCAUCUGAAACAUGAGAAAGAAUAUUUGCUUUUUUGUGUAUUACUAAUAUCAUUGAUUGGUUGCAUUGCAUUGUGCAAGUGUUUUUUUUUAUUACAAAAUCAUUGCAAAGUACUACUCUGUUUUUUGUGCAAAUGAAAGAAACCGUGCAGAUUUUUUCUUGCUAGGCCUUUAGCAUUACCAAAAUGUUACUUGACAAUUUAAGAAGAUGCAUUUUUUUAUAAUUAUUACUUUAUAUAAUAAGUUGAAAAUGACAUCUUGAUGAAUUAACUAUUUUCAUUUACACCUUUGUUGGUAAAUUGUUGUUUGUAGAACAUAUGUUUGUGGCAAAUUUGAAAAGAAACGAGUAGAAAUUGCAUAAUCACAUGUAACCAUAGCAACAGAAUGUUGUUUCCGACUUUUACUUUGACCUUUGUGGUCAAUUUCUAUGUCCUUAUGGACAUUAGCAAUGUGUACUUGCUAUUUUCUUUUUGUAAUUAUGUAAAAGUUGUAAAGAUAUGUUAGAUAUUUAAAUAUUUAUACAUGGAUAUUGCAUUCAAAACAAGAAGUUUUCUUCAAAUUAUGUUUUUAAUAGCCCUGUGUUACAAAAUGUUUCAUAUUUUUGUGAAAUUUGACAUGAAACUUUAGGUUUUAUUUCUGAAAAUAGUUGGUAUCAUGAAAAUGUCAAUAACUUUAUAAAACAAUUUUAUUAAGAUCAUUCUUUUUGAAGCAGACUUUCAAAAAUGAUUGGACGUAGCAUUUUCAUAAGUUACCACAGCAACCGAAUUUUGCUUUGACCUUUGUUGUCAAUUUCUGUGUCAUUAUGGACAUUAGCAAAGCAUACUUGUUAUUUUCUUUUUGUAGUUUAUGUGAUGUUAGUAAAUAUAACAGGGUUAUUAGUACUGUGUUUUGAUCCGGAGGGUUGUAUUCGACUCGAGUGGAUUUUUGCGGAUUCGGAUUUCAUGAGGCGCAAGCCAAGUGAAAUCAAAAUCUGCAAAAAUCCACGAGAGUCGAAUACGACAUUCCGGAUCAAAACAGUACUUAUAGCCCUUUUAUUAUAUACAAUACUGGUAAGAUUACUUAACAGCCAAAUGUUUUCAUAACGUCAUUUUUGCAUUGCGCAAGGAUACUUGUUAUGACGUGACUUCACAAGAGUUGAAUACGGACUACCGUAUUUUGCGAUUUGUAUUGCGUGUGGAUUUAUGAUGGGUAUAUAAUAAAGUUUUAUAUUUUAAUAAGAACAGAUUUAGUGAGCAUUUAGUUCAAAUUGUGUUUUUGCCCUCUGCUACAAAAUGU